AACUGUGGCUGGAAACCGGCUCGCCGUUUGCGAAAAUCGGCCGGGGAGAAGCUAGUUGGUGGUGUCUUUGAACUGUUUUUAAAAAAAAUAAAAAUUAAAUAAAUAUAUAUAAAUAAGAAAUAUCUACCAGAAUAUUCAAGUAUCGUGUUUGAUCGAUCUCUAGCGGAUGCACAUUUGGAGGGGCCUUAUCUGGAGCCUUUCCUUGGAAACACAGGGCACAAAGCAGGUGGCUGCCCUUCGCUACCAAGCUUGCUCUCACCUUCGUACGUGUCUGUGUGUCAUGGAGAGCCAUGUGGGCCUAGAUGCUGAUCUGAAGAACUGAAUCAGUGGAAAAAAGAAGAAAAAAUUUGCAUCCAGAUUGUAGUCACAAUAUGGGUAUAAAAAGUUAAAUUUAUAAAUUUUUUUGGCUUAAAACUUUGAGCCUCAUUGGAUAGUCAUGUCAAGUUAAGACAUAAACUUAGUUUCAGAUUUAAGGCUGACUUGAAUAACUUUCUUAGUGUUAUCUCUUGAAGAACAAAAAGACGGAUUUUCUGAGAUGGAUCAGCUGAGCUAAUAUGAUCUUAAUUUUGUGAGCACAUGCAGUGUUCUAAAUUAUUUUGGUAUUGUGUUCCAGCCCCUAUACAUUAUAAUGUUAGUCUAGCCACAGGAUGGAAAUGAGGUGAAGACUGGAGUUCACACUGCAAAUGCUUCUUUAGACAAAAUGGCAAUUAUCAAUCUCCUUUUUAGUGCAAGUUAAAUGGCAUACAUGGAGUCAUGACGGGAUUAUGUUUUUAUUCUUUGUACCUCUCAUGCUACCUCUGUGUUUGAAAAUCUCUAAUGUGAUCAUUGUCACUGUCUGAAAGUGUUUUUUGGUUUUAUUGACAUUACACAAUGGUCUGAAGUACAUUCUUUUUAUAUAGUCUUCAGAUUAGUUGGUGCAUUAUGACAAAAUGGAAAUUUUAGACCAGUGAAACAUUUAUAUUGUGCUCUUUCUAUACAUUAAACUUAAAACCAUAACACUGAUCACUCAAAGUAUUAUAUAGUGUACACUUAGUGCUGUUUCCUAAACCUGAUCUUGUGAUACUGUUGUCCCUCCUUCAAAUUACCCAAGAAAAAAAUGGAAUACCCCAUUGUGGAUUAUAACAACUGCAGUGAACAGGUUGGGGGAGCAGCAGCUUUCAUCUGCACUGAAUGUGGAGAUGGCUUCAGCCAUUAUCCUGACCUGUUGAAUCAUAUGGUAACACAUGGGCCAGUGGAUACCUUCUCCUUAGAUUGUCCCCCAAAUGGCUUUGGAGCGCCUCUUGAGUUUGCACUUCAUGAAAAUGGCAUGCUAACAGUUGUAGAUAGAUCUGUAGAAUUGAACUAUUUACCUGCCAAUGAUAAACCUCCAUCCCCAAAUAUAGUUUGGAGUCAGGCUUCUUCACAGGAGUCCCAGCCCUGUCCUGUUACGUCACCUACAGAAGACGAACCUCUUGAGUCUCAGCAUACUCCAUUAGUGUUGCCAGCCAGCCAGCCUCCUACAUCUCAAAUUACACCUGUAAUUCUGUCCUCAACUAAGGAAGUACGGUCCUAUAGUGAAUCCAUUAGUCGAACUCUAGUUUCCUCUCGCUCUGCUCGUUUUCGAUGUGAAACAUGUGGCCAGUUAUUCAACACAAGGGCUGGUUUACAACGACAUCAGCGCUACAGGACCUUAGACCAGGGAUUUAAAUGUACUUUGUGCUGCAAGGUCUUUGGUGAACGUGAGGAACUGCGUCAACACCUUCAAGAACAUGCACAUGAGCGAUUUUAUAGCUGUGGACACUGUGGAAAACGAUUCCUUAAUCAAGAGACUCUUCAUUCUCAUCAGGAAGAACGGCACAGCAAAGCAGCAUCAAAGUCCUCAAAGACCUCUAAAGAGGGUCAGGAAAAAAGCACUGGUAAAACGUAUCCCUGCAAGUUAUGUGGGCUUCGGUUUUUUUGGCUGUCUGAUUUGCAGAGUCACUUGCUCAGUCAUGCUCAAGGAAAAGUAGUGUCCCAUGCUUGUACUACACCAACUACCAAGAGACAGCUUCAGCAGGAUGAAAAGGCACGUGAUAGUUUACCUAAAAUUGGCGUCCCUAAAUAUACAAAUCAGCGUCGGGAUUCUGCCUCCAGUCUGAAUACAUCAUUUAGACCAUACCGCUGUGGUUUAUGUGGGAUUCGCUUUCAGCAAUUAUCAGAUCUUAAGUUGCACCACCUCUCCCAUCAGACACAAGAUGACUUUCUAAGCCCUGAACCAGAACCUAAACCUAAACCGAAACAUGUUCAAAGUGGGGCAACAACAAGACAACAGACCCAAAGUAGUCCACCAGCAAAAGAGCCAAAGCCACGAGGACGGCCUCCACGUGGGAAUCAAGCAAAUCACAAUGCUCGUGUAUAUCCUUGCAAACUAUGCCACCGUGUGUUUGUGCAUUCCAGUAGCUUGUCUCGGCAUAUGAGAUACCACAAAGGAACUUUGCAUACUUGUGUUUACUGUGGGAGGCACUUCCCACAGCGCUGUGAUGUAAGGAGGCACAUAGCAAUGUAUCAUAAUGCACAAGGAACACAGUCCAAGGCUGAGACGGAAAAAGCAGUUGCAGAAAGUAGAAGGGACCUACAUUUGCAGCAGCCUCAAUUAAAGCCAUAUAUACAACCUCAAAUAAGGCAGGCAAAAGAAGUGGAAAAAGGUACAUCAGACAAAAGAAAGGAUAACAGUAAUUAUUCUUGUGGAAAGUGCGGAAAGAUUUUUUUAGAUUCUUCCGAGCGGGAUAAACAUGGUUGCAACAGUCAGCACCCCUUAGAUGCCAAAGAGGCACAGACUCCUUCCAAACCUCGGGUGACCUUCCAGUGUAGUGUUUGCGGUAAAGGAUUUGGGUUGCUUUGUGUUUACCAACGUCACCAGCGUUAUCACAGACGGGAGCUUUCUGGUGAGAUACACAAGUGCCCCCGCUGUCCAAGACGUUUCCGUCAGUCAUCUUCAUUAAUACGCCAUCUCGAAACUCACCAAAGUCAUUCUCCACAAGACGAUGACAAAGAAGUGCAAACAUCUCCUACCACUUUGUGUGGUCAGGAUCCUGCCUUAGUUUUGGAACAUGACAAUGAAGAUCUUGAGGAUGAAGAAUACUUGGAGGAAGAGGAGGCUAAUGGAAGUAUUGCAGCUGAAGUGCUGUAUGAAUGCACAGAAUGCACCCAGACUUUCUCUUGUUUGGUGACAUUCCUGCAGCACCAGAGUGCCCAUGGUUCAGAUAGCCUUGCAUAAUGGAAUUCCCAAAUCAAUGUCUUGUGAAGUGUGUGUGACUUAUGAAACUAAUUAUGUUCAUGAACUGUUCCUUCUGGCUUUCACAGUCAACCUAAAAUCGAAAAGAUGAACAACAGAGGAAAGUUAUGAAAAUGUUCCACAGGUUUGACAUUUUUCUGAUCCAGAGUUUUCAGAUGACUUUUUGUAUUGUUGAAGUUUGUUUUGCUUGGGUUUGUCAGUACUGUUAUAGAAGGUUAUCUGGUUCCAGUUUGGAUCAAUAUGGAUCUGUAUAGUUCUAUAGAUUCCAAGUAUCUGGUAGUUUUGGAACUACUGAAGAUGAAUUGGAUUUGGAAAAAAAGAUGUGUAUUUGUCAUGACUUGGUCUUUUCUACUUAAACCCUGUUGGAAAUGUACAUAAUAUUGUGGAUUUCCAAAACGUUAAGAAUAUUGGCAUACAUCUUUGCAGGAUUUCGUUUCAAAGGUCCUUUAUUAGAGGAUCAUCUUACAUCUGUUUUGGGUCUCUUCAGCUGUGAUAUCAGUUUUUAAAAAAAUGACACUGUUUCACAGUAACAUUAUAAAUGCUGAUGUCCAGUUACUGUUAUUCUUUCUAAGCCAGUUGUCUGUUAGCUGUGUGAUAUUUACAAACCCUAAACAUUUCUAAUCAGAUUAAGCUGCAAAUUCCCAUGGUGUCCAUCAGUUCCUGGGAGUUUGUCCUUGGAACAUUCAUUUUAUAUGCAUUUCCAUCUUUGAUUAUUUUUUUGUUUGUAUGAAUUUGUUUUGAACUGGUAUUUGGACAAUUGCUAUUAAGUUUUUAAAUAGUAGUUAAACUGAAAAAUAAACUGCAGAAAUUUGCAGAAUUCUCUUGCCCCUAAUUUAACAUCCACACAUUACCAUGUCACCUACCCCCCCCCCCCCCACCCAACUCGCAACCCUAUAAAUGUCUUUUAAUUCUGCUGUUUAAAAAUUAACAUCCAAGAAAUAGGUGGUACUCUUGAAAAUAGCCCCUUGACAGCUACAAAUAACUUGCACACUUUUCUUGUAUUGAACUAUAUUCCAUCUUGUAUUUCAAUGGUAAUUACCCUUUUUUAUCGCCCAUAUAAAAUUCCUAUAUCUUUCUUCCUUACAGUUCACAUAUUUGGUACUGGUUAUCACUAAUAUCAAAUAGGAAAGUGCCAUUUGUGGGUUUUUUUGUGUGUGUUUUUUAGAGUUGCAUCAAAUUUGCAUUGUUAAGGACCAGAGGCACUGAAAAGUUUUUAUUUUUACUUUGUGGGCAACAGAGAGACUACUCAAAAGGCUUUUAUUUUGAGAUACAUCAAUGAUAUAAUGUAGUUUUUACAUUUUUCAUUGCCAAAUAUGAAUCAAUGUAUCCUUCCUCCGGAAAUGUUAUGUGCCAUUACAUUUAAAAAUAAAUGUUCGCUAUAUCAGCCCAUGAAACGUUUUUUGAUUUUUUUUUUCUUUCUUUUCCCCAUUGUUUAGUAAAUAGAAUUAUUAGAAUUUAUAUUCCUUAAUGUAAAAUGAUUUACCGGUUCAAUCAUUAAUUUGACCCAGGCUUGUGUCUUUAAACAUUUAGUUGAAGUAGUCAUUUCACACUCUUGAAAAACCUCUAGGAAUUCAUUAUAUUCAUGAUUUUCUCCCUGACCUCUUAUGGAAGAUGAUCUCGCCUCUUGACCAAAAGUAUUUUAUGUACAUAUGUAGGCAUAUUUCAUGCCUGUAUAACAGAACAGUGAUCAGAUCAAUGUAAAUGGAAAAACAUUCUCCAUUGCAUCUGGUAAAUAGUCAAUGUGAUAAGUUUCCAAAACCUAAGAAUUGUCCCUGGAACUCAUGAAAUGUAAAAAACUUGCAAGAUCAUCUGUUUACUAUAACGUUUUAUAAAAAUCUCUUUGGUUCAAUCUGGAAAAAGACACAGUAAUACUUGUGUCUGUUAUUGGUUCUUCCUCUGAACUUAUAUUAACGUGUAUGUUAACUGUGGUUUGGAAGCUGUUGCUCAAAAGUUUUAUUCUUUUGGCUUUGGAGCAUGUGGAAGUUGAAACUGUGGGAGUACCAAUGCAGUACCUUCCUAAUCCAUUAUCUUUUGGAAGCGCAAUAAGCAUACUACACAACACAACCAAUGGAGGUAAUAUCAGGCAACUAUUAGAAACCAAAAACAGAUACCACUGAUACUGCAGCAUCAUAAAGAGCUAACUAUCAAAAAUCCAGUUGGGAGGGGAGGUGGCAAAUAUAGCCUCAUACCACUAGGGUUGUGGGAUCACCAACCCUGGCCAUAAGUGCCUGUUCUGUAUUUGAGUAUCCUCGAGAAACUCAGGUUUCCCCUUGCAAUCCUAAGAUAAGUGAACUGGUAUCUCUAAAUAGUUCAUACUGGGUAAUUGCCUUGUAAUAGACUGAUAUGCUGUCCAGGGUGUCCCCUGCACUGUGCCCUGUAUUUCAUGGGUUCAGAGCACCCCUGUAAUAUGUGGUUCUGGAAAAACAGUAAUAAGAAGAUACAUUACAGACAUACAAACGGUUUGUUUUUCUUGCUCAAGAUGAACCCUGUGUGUAUUUUUAUGGUUUUUUGAGUAAUAGACCCUAAGCUUAAAUGGUUCCAUUGCUAGCUUUGUAUAGAAGCUAAAUGCUAUAAUCAUUUGUAACCUUCUGGAAUGGCAAAUGUAUCAUCAAGACACCGGAAUUUGGAAGACUGAAUCGAAGAAGUCUUAAUUAGCUCUUGGAAGUUAACAGAUUUGGAGACUAAAACACAAGAAACCACUAUUUUGAUUCAUCUAAGACCUAGACAUUCUUUGGGGGAAAUUUGUUGUUAGAUAUACCAGCUUACAUGACUAAAACAUGAAUUGGUAUUUAUGAUCAGUGCACUGUGUGUGGAGUUUGCAUGUUCUUGUGUUGUAUGAGUUUCUUCUGGGAACUCCAGUUUCCUCCCACAGUUCAAAGACAUACAGUAGUUUAACUGGCAUCUCUAAAUUGUCCAUAGUGUAUGAUUCUAUGCAUAUACCCUGUGAUGGAAUGGCAUCCUGUCCUGGGUAUACCCCAGCCUUGGCCCUGUGCUGCCUAGGACCAGCUCCAGCCCCUCAACCUAUUACUUUGACCAGGAAAAUAUAGAUUCAUUGCAUUCCAUGUUGUCAAGCAGCAGACCUACCACUAAUAUUAGUGUCUGUAACUUCUUAUGAAUAAUUAACACCCAGGCCUGAAGAAGACUAUUGGAAGUCCUACUAAAAUAUUCUGGCCAAAUUAUACCUUUUCUCAACAACUGUGGAACAAUUUCUCAACUGCAAACAGCUUGCAGAAAGUUUUUGCCAUGUAAUGCCUGAUUUUGGUUUGCAAUGCACAUCCUUCUUGAGUAGUCUAUGUAGUUCUUGAGGGUCAAAGUGAUCAAAAGCCAAUCUUAGGAGCACAGUGUGCAUGCCUGAAUUGUGGGAGAAAUCUGUACCCCAGGAGAAUACGGCUGUGGAUGGAUUUAAACCCACAACCCCGGAGUUGGGAAGUUAGUACUUAAUGUUUUUGGGAAGUUAGUACUUAUUUUUUAAAGUUAUUUAUGAUUCCUGUUGCUACCUAAAAGCUUGUAUAUGAGCUUCAAGAAACAAAAAAGUUUAUAACCUUAAAAAUUAUUGUAUACCUUUAUGAGGCUAAAGUAUACCACACUGCACAUUCAUGCAUUAUAACUUAGAAACAGUUUUUGUAUGUUCUUACCUUUUUGUCCUGUAUAGAGUUCUGGAAAAGAAGAUGCAGAUCAUCUGUAUAGCAUAUCUAGAGCAAAGCUGAAGAUAACAAGGAAAGUGAAGGUCAACAUCUACCAAUGCUAGGCAAACCACUGACCCAAAAGCUGUUGUCACAUCUCUUGAUUCCAGAACAGAAAACCUAGCAGGAGAAGGAAAAAGUUAUCUAUGUGGACCUUUUCCAAUUCUGAAUUUCAAAUAAUAUAUGUGAAAUAUGCUCAUGAAACCAUAUUCCUCUGUAUGCUUCCUGUAAAAUGUAAACCUAUUAUGGUUUUACAUGAAUAAAUCUGUUAUGUACGUCUUCA